UUACAGGGAGGCGCGCGUGUCAGGAGGGACGUGCAUCACGGCGAAAUGCGACUUGUCUUCGGCCUAAUAGGAAUUUUAAAAGGAAGCGCAACCUGAGACAAAUUGAAAUGCGUUUUUAUAGCAGGUCCUUAAAUGGUGCGCCGGGAAAGGUUGGAGGAGGAACAUUCAUCAGAUGCGGGGCGAAUCCGGAAUGCGGGGGUUUCCGCGGUGACAGUGAUUGAACGGCAGGUUUAAACUGACUUCACGGGCUGGCCAGGCAUCCACUCCCUCUGUCUGAGGCGAGGCUCUCACCCCCCCCAACCCACUCCGAAACUCAGCACUGUUUCUGGAGGAGCGCACAGACAGACAGCUCCCAUGCAGCAAGACGGCAGCGAGAAGCACGCGCUGCUCUGCACCUACACGGACCAGGACCAUGACCGGCAGGACGAUGACCGCCCGGGCGACCCGGUCCUGAACAGAGACCACAAGCGCAGGACAUGGCCUCCGUGUCGCUGGGCUUGUCCCUGCUCUCUGGCGCUGGCGCUGGGCGUCCUACAGGUCUUCUGCGUCAUCCUCUACGUCGAGACUCACUGGACAGUGGAGGACCUGCAGCGGCAGAUCAGCACCUUGAACAAGAAAGCUGAGUGCCACUAUAUGAAUGGGAAAAAUCCAGAGGAUGGGGUUAAGGACAACACUGAGCACGUGCAAGGAAAUCUCCUGACUCAGCAGAAACUGCUGACCGUGGAGUCCAACAUCGCCCGUGUUAACCAGUAUGUAGUGGCCCUGAAGACCAGGUACGAGAAUCUGAAGAGUGAAGUACAGGUAGCAUCGCACACACAGCUGGAAUCUCUGUCUGACGCCAUACUCCGGCUCAACGAAACGACAAUGGCCGACACCCGCGCCGUAAGAGCAGAACUGAGCCGUUUGAAAUGCCUUUUUGCCAACGUCACCAGAUGGAUGUGCGGUCUGGAGGAGCGCCUGUCUUCACACGUGCAAAAUUUCAGUUUUCCUGCACUGGAACUGAUCGAGGAUGAAAUAUGCAAUUUCACGGCCUUUGCGGAUCAACUGGACAGCAGAGUUAGUAAGCCGCACCAGCGCCGUAUCCAUUUCACGGUCAGCGAGGCGGCGGCGGCGGCUUUUGUCGUCCUGCAGGGGCACGACGGACCGUUCGCAGACGUCCCAAAGCCCGGCGCCAGGAUGGGCCUCGUCCACGGUCACCCAAACGGCUCGGACCUCAGGACCACGCACGCCCCUCUGCCCAGACCGCGUCUGCAAGAGAAUAAUUCUUCAACUGAUAUUUUACUGAUGAAAAUAAAGUCUCAACCGACAACCAACGAUACAUACAGUGACAUUUCUGUGGAAAGAGGAAACAGCUCAGAAGCAGUAACAUCCGUCCCGGAGGAAGGUGCGAGCAAAGAAUUGGACCGGGAGGAAGGAAACGCGCGGCCUACGGCGGACGGUAAAAAGACCCCGGGACUUCGCGAAUCUGAAAUGGACUGAGAAGAAAUGGAAUGUGGCUUCUACGUUCCUGACUUCUACGUUCCGAAAUUUAAAGUCUCCCUUCAUAAGAACUCAUGCACUGCAUGGAAACUGUAGUCCAUCGUUUACUCACAGUGUGGCUAAUUAGGAUUUUCACGGUCUUGAGGGUAAUUAUAACUUGCAUCAUUCUGUUUCACCUGAUUCUUUCCUGGCUUUCUGUUGUAACACGACUACCUUGCAAGUGUAAGUAAGGACAAAAUGCUUAAUUAGAAACUUGUAAGUAACAGAGGUUAUACAAUUUGAGAACAGGAAGCUAAUUAGCGCAUUGUUUUUUAACAAGGUAGUAAGAUGUGAUUGAUGUCACCUGCAAAAGAAAAAAUCAUCAUCAAAGUAUGGGAAGUUCUGCUUUUUUUUUGUUGUAAAGAUUAAACAGGAAAUUAAAAUGCACAAUGUGGGACACGGGAAAAACCAACUUCAAACAAAUGCAAAUAAAAUACGCAGUUUAUUCAGCAUUAGUCCGGUUUUGUCUGUUUACAUGUUAUAUUUACAAUAUGGACACACAUCACAGUCAAUUUUAAAAGUUUAAAACAAUAAAAAUUCCACCAGGCCAGAACCUGUUAAAAACCAUUUUCCAUUUUACCUGGCUUCUGGUGCCUGGUGUAACGGAAUCUUGGGGUGUAUCAAAAUGGAGACCGACACAGAAUCAUGAGGCAAAGUUUCAGGAAGUCCUUUCCUUGGAACAGAAAGAAAAUUAAAAAAAAAAAA